GUUUCAACACGUCUAACAUUAAAGAUCAAACAGCACUGAACCAAAGAAUGGACAACUCUGUUCUCUGGAGUUUAUUACUCCUUGUUACGCUUCAUGGAGUCUGGAGUGAGAUCAGACUGGAUCAGUCUCCCUCUGAGGUGAAAAGACCUGGAGAGACACUGAAGAUGUCUUGUGUCACAUCAGGUUAUAGCAUGACGAGCUCUUAUAUCCACUGGAUAAGACAGAGAGCAGGCAGAGCUCUGGAGUGGAUUGGGUGGAUGAACACAGGCUCAAACUCUGAAAGGAGCUGCCAUAGCUAGCAGAGUGGCUUCAUCAUGACUGAGAAUGUUCCCAGCAGCACUCAGUACCUCCAGAUCAGCAGCCUGACAGCAGAUGAUUCUGCUGUUUACUUCUGUGCUCGUAGACACACUUUUGACUACUGGGGAAAGGGCACAGUGGUAACAGUGUCAUCAGCCGCCUCAGUGAAACCAACUGUGUAUCCUCUGAUGCAAUGCGGCUCCGAUUCUGGAGACACCGUCACUCUUGGCUGCCUCGCCACUGGCUUCUCACCCUCUUCAGUGACCUACACAUGGGAAAAAAAUGGAUCCACCAUGACCGACUCCAUUCAGUAUCCUCCAACAAUGAAAGGCAAUGUUUACACCGGAAUCAGUCAAAUCCGAGUGAGCAAACAGGACUGGGAGGCAAGGAAUACCUUCCGAUGUGUCGCAACAAAUGCAGCAGGAACUGGACAGGGAGAAUUCAUCAUGCCACGUCCACGGAUUGUAUCUCCUGACAUCACAUUACAGCCUGUCUGGGAAGGUGAAUUGAAAACCUCAGGAGUCAGACUCAUCUGCACUCUAAGUGGCUUCUUUCCAGAUAAACUGAGUGUGAGUUGGGAAAAGGACAGCCAACCGCUGUCUAUUACACCGAUAGAAAAGAAGCUGCAGACCGUGGAGGGAGUGGACAAAACAUUUAGUCUAACCAGUGAGAUUGAGCCAAAAAGCACAGAGUGGGCCAAAGGCUCAACAUUCACAUGCAAGUCAACUCACAACAGGAUUGAGUUUACAAAGACAACAAGUGUCUGUAAGAUCUAUGGAAGCACCGCUCCUGCCAUUCAUAUACAGACCCCAGGCUUCAGAACAGUGAUGACGAACUCUGAGGUCGAGGCAAUAUGUUCAGUCUACACUGUGUUUGAUGCCGCAGUGACUUGGGAAAUGGAUGGGGAACCCAAAACAAGUAAAAAAUUCACAAACGAAAGUUGUAUAAUAAGCACUCUGAAGGUUUCAUCACACAGAUGGCAACAGCUGAAGAAAAUAAAAUGUAAAGCUGAGCACAAGUGCUUCUCACCCAUUGAGAGGACUGUGACUGUUGCCAUGCCUUCAGUUACUGCACCAUCCAUUCAGAUCAGAAGAUCUCUCCCUGAUUUGCUGAAAGGAAACAGUGCUGUGCUGCAGUGUGAUAUCCAACAACUCUCCUCCAGUGAUGUCUAUGUCACCUUCCAGGCCAACAUGAAAGAUAUUUCUGACAAACUGUACGUUGAACUUCCGAAAACUCCAGGCCCUCAUUCCAUCAGUAAAACCUUCCCUGUGCCUGAGAGUCACUGGAACAACCACACGAGCUUCACCUGCAAAGUCAAUCAAGGAUUCACUCAUCACUUCCAGUCAAACUCUACUGGCAGGAUCUUUGUGGACCCAUCAGCAGAGCUCCUUCUGGUCCCCAGUGAAGAGUCAGGCCCACAGAGACUGUUGUGCUCUGGAUGGGGCUUUGACCCUCAAAUCAAAUGGUCUCCAGACUCCCAGGACAAAGCCUCUCCAACCCUUGACACCAGCAUGGGCGCAGAUGGACGUGUGGCAGUUACCAGUCAACUUGAUGUUUCUCAAACAGAGUGGAAAACUGGAAAGAGCUUCACUUGUGAAGUCUCUGACAAGUCUUUGAAGAAAACUGCCAGAAAGGAAAUCAGCAUCUGUUCAGUUACUCCAGCAUCAGCUCAGUGGGUCAGUGUCCAGAUUCAGGCACCAUCACCCCAGGAGAUUCAGGACAAGGAACAAGUGACUGUCACCUGUUUUUUGGUUGGCCCUCUUCUAAAAGAUUUUUUUAUCACCUGGAAAGUAAAUGGGAACAAAGAUACUCAUGUCCAUACAGAGUCACCAGUGAGUCACAUCAAUGGAACCGAGACUAUGAGGAGUUUUCUGAACGUGUCAACAGAGGACUGGCACGCUUAUUAUCGAGUGUCAUGUGAGGCAAAACACCUGUGUUCAAAGCAGAGCUACGAGGAUCAUAUAAGCAAAAGCAGAGACCUGAAUCCACCAACUGUGAAGAUUAUACAACCAAGUGCCUCUGAGGCUUCUUCAUCAGAUGUCAUCCCACUAACGUGCCUGGUGUCUGAAUUUUUCCCACCUAACAUCGAUGUGUACUGGGAAGUAAACGGCCAGAGACUCCCCUCAGCUGACUACAGAAACAGUCCUGCAUGGAAGUAUGAAGAGAGCAACACUUACUCAAUGAACAGCAGACUAAACGUAACCAAAACUGUGCGCCAGGAGUCUACAUAUUCUUGUGUUGUAAGACACGAGUCAUCUGAAAUGCCUCUUGAAAGCAAUAUAAAAAAUGUUUUUGACGCUUUGGAGAGCUGCGAUUUCUUAGAUGACAUCAUGUAUGCUGGUUGGAACCAAGAUAAAGAUGUGGACAGCUGGUUUAUGACGUUAACAUUCCUCAUUUGUUUUCUCAUCGCCGUUGUCUACGGCGUCUUGGCGACCUUUAUUAAGACUAAAUGAAGAUGAUCUCAGGAAAGAUCCACUUGCAUGAUCCAAAUGUGAACUUCCUGACAUUUCUGGUGGAAUUUUGCCUUUGAAGUGGAACAAGAUAUUUUUCCAUGAUUGCUUUCCAUGGAAUUGGUUCAUGUACUGAUCAUAUGAAAUGAGACAGCAAGUAAAAGCAGAAUUAAGCAUUCAGGUCUGAUUCUGAGACUAUGGCAUGGAAAAAAGCCUCUAUCCUUUCUGCAUUAAGA